AUGGCGACCAAGUACAGCAUCGGUGACAUCGAAGUCGCAUUUAAACCAGCAAACCGAGACUUCAGCAAGCGGUGGAAGGGUUUUGGUCCCGGCAAAGAAGUGCUCCCCAGGGGCUGGCGGAAGGAGCCCGGUCGACGCGCUUUGGACAGUGACCUGAUCUUCGAAAGAGACGUCCCCGUUAUUCUGCGGGACGGGUGCAAGAUAUACAUGGACGUUUUCAGACCUCCAUCUUCUGACAGCACCCCGGUCGCGGCCAUUGUGGCAUGGAGUCCUUACGGGAAACAAGGCAAUGGCUUUCAAAGUCUUGACCGUGUCCCCUGGCGGGCUGGCAUCCCGAGGGACUGGACAAGCGACCUCGAAAAGUUUGAGGCUCCAGAUCCCGCAGAAUGGUGUCCGCGAGGCUAUGCGAUCGUCAAUAUUGACGUUCGCGGCACUUUUGAUUCGGAGGGAGAUCAACUUGCCCAAGGAACACAGGAGGGCCGAGAUGGCUACGAUACUGUAGAGUCCAUCGCUUCGCGCUCGUGGUGCAACGGUGCCGUUGCAUUUGCUGGCAAUUCGUGGCUUGGGAUCUCUCAGUGGUUCAUUGCGGCUGAACGGCCACCUCAUCUGAAGGCCAUUGCUCCUUGGGAGGGCUUGGCAGACAGCUACGGCGAGAUGAACGUCAGAGGAGGCAUUCCAAAUCCUUCGUUUGUCGACUAUCGCGGCGAAGGCUACUGCGGCAAUAGCGGCCGCGAAGAUAUCGGUACCAUGAUACGCAGAUACCCACUCUUCAAUGAAUACUGGGAGGAUAAACGCGCCAAACUUGGCCAGAUCGACAUCCCCGUCUACGCCCUGGCAAGCUUCUCCAGUGGUAUACAUACCCUUGGAUCCAUCAAGGGUUUCCUAUUCUCGUCGACAAAAGAUAAAUGGCUUCGGAUUCACCACACGCAAGAGUGGUACGACCUUUAUCAAAAAUGGGCAAACGAUGAUCUCCAAAAGUUUUUUGACCGCUAUCUCUACGGAAAGAUGGACAAUGGCUGGGAGUCGACACCCAGGGUCCGGCACAGUCUGCUCGGUUUCAAUGUCCCUUCGGUCGUGAAUCGUUCGGAGCCCGUCUACCCGCCCACCUAUGUCAAGCACAGAACCUUCUACUUGAAUUGCAAGACUGAAGCUCUGGAGGAAAGCGGCGAAACACCGCCCACAGAGCCUUCGACGUCAAGUUACACCUCCGAUUCCUGGGAUGACGACGGGGCACAUUUCACCUACAAGUUCGGAGAAUACACCGAACUGAUUGGGUUUUCCCAGGCCAAAUUGUACAUGUCUUGCGCCGAAACAGAUGACCUCGACGUUUACGUCAUUGUGCGCAAGCUGGACGCCAAUGGACGGCCAUUGAAGCAUCUCAACAUACCCCUCGAGAGUCUACCGGCAGGGACGACACCCGACGAUGUCCCAGACUUGAAUAUUUUCAAGUACCUAGGGCCCAACGGUCGACUUCGAGCCUCGCACCGACGUCUGAGUACCGACCCAGACAUCUCUGCCGAGCAAAGUGCGAUGCUUGCUCCUGCCGUGGCCUAUCACGCCCACGACAAGGAGGAGAAGAUCCCGCCGGGCCAAGUCGUGUGUCUCGACAUUCCACUAUGGCCUUCCGGUAUGAUCUUCCAGCCAGGCGAAUCCAUGCGGCUAGAAAUCAAGGGGCACGAGGUGACUUUGCCCGAGUUUCCGCAGUUGUAUCGCGCAGCUGAGAAUGGCAAUCGUGGGAAGCACGUCGUGUAUUCCGGACCAGAACAUCCAUCCUCGAUAGUGAUAUCUCUGGCCACUGGGCAAUCUGUUCAAGGUAGGGUGACUGCUGAAUGA